AUGGAUCCUCGACACGAAGAAAUCGCGAACCAAGUUCAAGUAACAGCAAGAGCCUUUUGUCGUGACUUACGUGAAAACCCAGUAGCUGUGGAGGUGCUGCGCCACAAUGAAGCAGCAGCUCACAGCCGCUCUGCAAACUUGCAGAUGCUGGUGAAAACCUUGUCAGAGCUUGCGGAUAUUACGCACACACAACUAGAUAAGACAUUAGAGGAUGCGAAGUCAAAGAAAGAGCUUAUGAUAGUGGCUGAAAGCCGGCUCAAGCAAGCGGACGAUGAACGGUCGGCAAUUCGAGAAAAACUUAAAGAGACGCGCAAGGCUAGAGAAGAUGAGGACGCACUGCUGGAUGCACAAGUGCAAAAGCUGCGAGCCGAGUUGAAUGCAAUUAAUCAGAAUGCUUCGCAUGAAUUGGCAAUGAUAGAAACUGACGUCAAAGAAGCACAAGCUAAAUCAUAUGACCAAUAUUCGGACGAAAUGAAGGUGUUGUUGAAUCAAGCGUCUGUGCUAGAGUUACGAGCAGCGACGAUGGUGCAGGAGCAUCAAAAUGAAGAAGAUGCACUACGAAAGAAGAAGAUCAAAUUGGCUGCUGAGGUUGCAGCAGCGGUCGAGAAUUACGACAAGGCGCUUGAAAAAAUAAUUGAUGAGUUUCUUACGGAGAAAAAAAUGUUCCAAAACGAGCUGGAGAAGUGCGAGCAGUUUGAUGAACACUUUUUAAAGAUUGACGAGGAGCAAUCUCGUAUUGAUGCUGAAGAGCAUAUACUUGCAGGAAUUCGAGCGCUUGAGUGCGAGAAGCUAAUGAAAAUCUUCAACGCAGCCACCAAAAUUCAAAAAGUGUAUCGAGGGAUUCUGUGCCGCCGAGAGUACACUAAAAAAAUGACCAAGGGCAGAAAAGGCAAGAAAAGUAGCAAGAAAAGCAAAGCUAGCUUGAAAGGCAAGAAAAAAUAA